UUCCUAUCUGCGUGGCUAUUGAAAUUGUGCUGCUGGUGGAUAAUUUUGAAUUGUGUUCAAUACUUUUUUUUACAAUAAAUACCAUCAGGAUAGACUUUUAUUCUUCAAUUUUACACCCGUAACUACUCAUUCAGUGAACCAGUUCGUACACAUUGUGAUAUUUAGUCACAAAAAAGAAGCAACAGAACACGCAGUCCAAGAAGAAAAUUCCUUUGUCGUCGUCAGUUGAGUGAAAAACGUGAUUUUCGCGUAACCGAGACAGGGAAAAGAAAGUGUGAAAUUCAUAAAAAAGAAGUGUGUGAAUGCAAUAGAGAGGGGCCGCUUUGAAAAAGUUUGGAUCGGUGUGUGGCGUGUGUUAUUUUUCGCAAGUUGGGUCUGUUACAACAUUUAGUUUGCGAUAAAAAUUACAAGCGCCCCAUUGAAGGUUAUAUUUUUUUGGAUUGGAAUUCUCACGGGGCGAGCGAGCGAGCGAGUGAACGACGAACGGACAAAUCAACCGGAGAAGUAGUGUUGUGUGAGAGAACGAACUUGUGUUGUUGUUGUUACGUGUGCAUGUUUGAGUGCGCGUAGAGAAGUUAACCAACCGGAGUGUACCGCCUCAAUCCAAGUGUCGGACGAAGUUAAAAUUUGAAAACAGCAAAGAAAGCAGAAAUUCGACAAAAAAAAAGUAAAGUAAAAAAGUUAUACAAGCAAAAUGGCUCAAGAAAACUCCGAUAUGUCCACAAAAUUCUCCACACUAAAUGUCAAUGCUGCGGAAUUUGUACCGAGCUUUGGCAGCUUCAGUGCGGCCGUUGUCAGUUCUAUAAAUAAUGACAACAGUGCGCCGGCUGCUGCCACCAUUGCUGCUCCCAUGGAUACAACCAGCGUGCCAGCCUCUACCAGCGGCACUCCUGCCACCACACCUAAUUCGGAUGCAUCCGCUUCGGGUUCCCUGAAUGCACUUAGCCAGGCGGCGGCCGGUGAGGUUGCACCAGCGGAAUCUCCAAUGCAAACGUCACCAGUGAAGGUUGCUGCACCUGUGGAAAACAUCAAUACAGCCGAUAAAAUUGCAGCUAAUAAUGAAAACGAUCCUGCCGACAGCUGGGAUGUUGAAGAGGAACCCGUUAUUACUCCCGAUGAUGAAGAAGCUGAAGAUAUUGAAGAAGUCGAAGGUGAUGCCACACCAAAGGUGUCAAAGAAAAAGAUACCAAAGGUAGAAGACACAAAGAGCAAAAAAGAACAUGUCAAUGUUGUUUUCAUUGGUCACGUUGAUGCUGGUAAAUCAACAAUUGGUGGCCAAAUUAUGUCCCUAACUGGCAUGGUCGACAAACGUACACUGGAAAAAUACGAACGUGAGGCACGUGAAAAAUCUCGUGAAAGUUGGUAUCUCUCAUGGGCCUUGGACACAAAUCAAGAGGAACGUGACAAGGGCAAAACCGUUGAAGUCGGUCGGGCAUAUUUCGAAACAGAACGUAAACAUUUCACCAUUUUGGAUGCUCCUGGUCACAAAAGUUUCGUACCAAAUAUGAUUGGUGGUGCGGCACAGGCCGAUCUGGCCGUUUUGGUUAUAUCGGCGCGAAAAGGUGAAUUUGAAACUGGUUUCGAUCGUGGCGGGCAGACACGUGAACAUGCUAUGUUGGCCAAAACAGCUGGUGUCAAACAUCUGGUUGUACUCGUCAAUAAAAUGGACGAUCCAACAGUCAACUGGGAUGAGGCACGCUACAACGAAUGCAAAGACAAGAUCCUACCUUACCUCAAAAAAUUAGGUUUUAAUCCAGCCAAGGAUUUGACCUUUAUGCCAUGCUCAGGUUUAAGUGGAGCCGGUUUACGUGAUACUAUACCCGAUACAAUUUGUCCAUGGUACAAUGGCCCAGCCUUUAUACCAUUCAUUGAUCAGUUGCCUUCACUUAAUCGCAAAGCCGAUGGACCAUUCAUUAUGCCCAUUGUUGAUAAAUACAAGGAUAUGGGUACGGUUGUAAUGGGCAAGGUUGAGUCGGGUACUGCGCGAAAGGGCCAGAAUUUGUUGGUGAUGCCUAAUAGGACACAAGUUGCUGUUGAUCAACUUUGGUCUGAUGAUGAUGAAGUCACCUCUGUGGGUCCUGGUGAAAAUGUCAAAAUCAAGCUGAAGGGCAUUGAAGAAGAAGAUGUCUCACCUGGUUUUGUAUUGUGCGAUGCCUCUAAUCCUAUUAAAACUGGCAAAAUAUUUGAUGCUCAAGUCGUUAUCUUGGAGCAUAAAUCAAUUAUCUGUGCCGGUUAUUCGGCCGUCAUGCAUAUACAUUGUGCAGCUGAAGAAGUUACCGUUAAAGCCCUCAUUUGCUUGGUUGACAAAAAGACCGGCGAAAAAUCAAAAUCACGUCCAAGAUUCGUUAAGCAAGAUCAAGUGGCAAUUAUGAGAAUUGAAUGUUCCGGUAUGAUUUGUUUAGAACAAUUUAAACUAUUCCCACAAAUGGGAAGAUUUACUCUGAGAGAUGAAAACAAAACAAUUGCUAUUGGCAAAGUGUUGAAGGUGAUCGAGUAAAUUGAGCCAAGCUUAAUUUUUUUUGUAAUUUUAAUUUUCUUGAGUGCUUCAAGCCCCGCCUUUUUUAAAAGAAAAAACAAAAUAACAUGAAAUUUAUAAAAACAAAAAUCAACAUUAACAUCUAAUUUUAAAAAGUAGGCUUUUUAAGCCCGGCCGUCGUCGUCAACCUAGGAAAACAAAAUUGAAUAACGUUAUGAAAAUAAAUUCAAAAAAACUGAAAACUACCAACAACCUAUCUUUAAAACAAAAACAAAAACCACAACAACAACAAAACGGAAAUUAAGAAAACCAUGAACUUUAAAGAGAGAAAAAUAUAAAACAAAUAAUAAAGGAAAACAUUAAAAUAAAAACGAAACAAACGAAUAACAA